AUAGAGAUGUUUCCCCGUGGGCGUUAAUUGAGGGGUGGAGCCUCGUGUCGGCCAUCUUGGUUGGCAAAAAGGCCUAUGCGCGCGAGCAAAGCCAUGUGUAUGCAGGUGUGUUUUUAUAACAGCAAUGGUGGUAUCUUGUUGUAUCGUUAACUGUACAAACAGAGCGCAGAAGGGAAAUAAGCAGAGGUUUUAUAGAAUACCAAAAGUGAUUCAACAUCUAGGAGAACAGACAAAAGAUUUGACAGAAAGAAGGCGAGCAAAGUGGCUAUCUAGAAUUAAUCGUAAAGACUGGUAUCCCAGUGACCAUGACAGAGUUUGCUCAGACCAUUUCUUAUCAGGCAAACCAUCAUCAGAUCAUUUAGAUCAUGACUGGGCUCCAAGCCUAAAGCUAGGAUAUGAUCUUGAUUGCACUGAUAUGUUUAAGACUCGUGAACGUCAUGAAAGACUUAAGGCCCGCUGUGAAAGGAGACAUGAACUUAAUGAUGCUAAUAGAAUGGAUUAA